UUGAAGUUGAAGGUGAAGAAAAGAGUGAAAAAAAAUGUUCUCCUUCGUAUCCAAGAAUCUGUUUUUGGUGUACAAGCACGAAGUGUUCAUGUUCAUUUGUUCAAAACACCAGUUAGCGGAAGUGUCUUCUUCUUCUCUUCUACGAGGUACAAGCUAGUGAGUUAAAUCUACAUACUGAACAAAACCUUCAAUACAUUGUUAGUAAUACUUUUCGCCGAUUACGAUGAGUGGUUAUGUGUAUAGAAGGCUAGUAUAUGCACAAGUUUUACCAAAUAUUUAUAGGUGUGUCGUUCCAAAUUUAGGCACUAAUCAUGUGGAUUUGUGUUUGAGUUUUUUGCCCACCAGCAUUAGAUCAUUCUCCAACAAAAUCGAACAAGUUAGAGAGGAUUACUUAUUUACUGUGCCAUACCUCAUAAACUCCUGUGGGUUGUCCCCAGAAAAGGCAGAAUCUGUCUCCAAAAGAAUCAAGCUUCAAUCAGCUGAACAACCAGAUUUGGUCUUGAAAGUUCUAAGAAACCGUGGAUUUACGACUGCCCAUAUAGCCAAACUUGUUGGACUGCGCCCUAGUUUACUUUUAGCCAAUCCUGAGAAGUCAAUUUUGCCUAAAUUUAAAUUUUUCAACACUUUCGGGAUCACAGAUGCUGAGCUUGCGAGGGUUUGCUCUUCAAAUCCAACUAUUUUGGGUUGCAGUUUGGAAAAUCUACUCAUUCCUAACUAUAAAUUCCUCAAAAGUGUGCUCCUCUCUGAUGCUAAUGUUAUUAAAUCUUUUAGAAACAACUCAUGGCUCUUUCUGCAAGAUUUGCCAAAGACUCUGUCUCCAAAACUUGCAGUGCUGAGAGAACUCGGAAUGCCUGAGAAUUUUGUUGCAUUGAUUUUAACAUGUUAUAUCUCUAUAGUCCUUCAAAAACGUGAGAAGUUUGACAAAAAUGUCAAGAAGGUUAUUGAAAUGGGUUUUGAUCCUCAGAAAAGUGGGUUCAUCCAUGCGAUGCAGGUGUUUGUUGCAAUGAGUCAAUCAACUCGGGAACAUAAAUUAGACGUUUUCAGGGGGUGGGGUUGGUCUGAUGAGGACAUUAUGUUGGUGUUCAGAAAGCGCCCCAGUUUUAUGAAUGCCUCUGAAAGCAAAAUAAUGAAUGCAAUGGAUCUUCUUGUGAACAAGAUGGGUUGGCAGUCCACAGAUAUUGCCUUGUGUCCAGACAUUUUCCUUAUGAGUUUGGAAAAGAGGGUAAUCCCAAGGUGUUUGGUUAUUAAAGUUCUGCAAUCGAAGGGGUUGGUGAAGAAAAAAUUGUGCCUAAGUUCAUGUGUAAAACCCGUUGAGAAGCUAUUCUUGGAUAGGUUUGUGACAAAAUACUUGGACCAGGUUCCUGAAUUGAUGAAUAUCUAUCAAAGGAAGGAUGGGUUUCAGGCUCUGGAUAUGAAUAUCUGUGUUUCUUCCAGCAAACUGUAGCAUGUCAACUUUCCAAACCUAAAACGAUUGUAAAAUCUCUAAUUGAUGCAGUCCUGAAUCUCAAUUAUGUGGUUUUGAUUGGAGUUUCUUACAAGACCUUUCGUGCUAGCAAAUUGCAGUGAAGCUUGAUAGGUAGUCUUGCUUAACUUGAACCAUAUAUUGGAGUGAAUUUUAGUAUGUCUUCUGUGCUGAUGUUCUGUGAAAAGUACUUGACAGACACAUUUUUUUUCCAAGGUAUCAGGAACAGGUUCGGCAACUAUUUGGUACAUGUCAAGGGAAAAUUAAUCUUUUCGAACUAGGCAUCAUCAGAUUUAAGCAAGAGCCUGAAGCAAAUAUAUUGUUAAUUCUUCAUACACAUGAUUUUCUUAUUGUUGUUUGUUAAUAUGGGUGCCUUUCUGGAUACAGCUUACAGCUUCUUUUAUCAGUUCUCAUUGUUUAAUUGGAAAGAAUGAAGUUGAUGAACACAUAGGAGUUAUGU